ACUAUAUCUCGUGUCACGUUCCUUCAUUACUGACAUACGUGCCAACUUUUGCUGGCUUGUCAGAGGUCGCUGCCGUCCUGUGUUAUCACGGAGAGGUGAUAUUGGUGCGGGUCUAGAGGUUGCACGUAGAUAUACUGUCCACUUACCUAACCACAGAUAACAGGGCAACCAUCUGGUCAGUGCUGGAGCAUCUCUAAUUCCUCGCCAGGGGGCGGAUUCUUUGUUAGAGGGUUCAAAGUUAGACGACACCGGUGAAAUCAGCAGUAGCAGUCGACCAAGAUUGUUCCAUACAUUCUGUGAUAUAAACUACGAUGGUUCAUCCAACAUAUGCAGGAUGUUGGCUGACAGAACCAAUCGCAAAUUUAGUCGGACUACCAGUCGACCAGUUCAACUUCAUGAGCAGCCAGUUUCUGGGUAUUUUCUUUGGGCUGUUCUUCCACCUCAAGCUCCAGCCACCUGACACGUCCCCCACACUCAGGCACAUCUACUGUCUCGUUGUGGGGCUCACCACGGUCUGGUUCUGUAACGGAUGGGAGACAUGGCACCUGGUGUUGCAGUCAUCUGUCUGCUAUAUCAUGAUGAACACAUUCCCACCACAGAUAAUGCACAUGUGUGUGCUGAUAUUCAGUCUGGCCUAUCUGGUGGCGAUGUGUCUGUACCGCUACCUCCUGCCAGAAGACAUGCAGUUCCUCGACAUCACCUUCCCAUGCACGGUGUCGGUCCAGAAGCUCUCCAGUCUUGCCUUCAGUAUAACAGACUCUCACCGAUAUAAGCUAGACAGCAACAGUCUCACAGACUCUCAGAAGAAAAGAGUUAUCAGCAAACCUCCCAAUCUGCUACAUUUCUUCAGCUAUAUGUUUUACUUCCAAGGAAUCUUGGCAGGUCCUUUUACUUUCUACAACGACUAUAUUGACUUUAUAGAUGGCCGGCACAUCACGUCUAGACUAGAAACUAAAGAUGAUGAUAAAAAGCCAUUGGUUGAUCCUAAAUCUAUAUCUCCUUUGAGAGUGGUAUUUUACAAGUGUGUGAUGCUAGGUGCAUGGGUCUAUCUCUAUCUCCACGUGUCCUGUGUCCUUGUGCCGACGUCCUACAAUGCAGAUCCUGAUUUCAUACAGAGACAUACGGUGAUCUAUCGGCUAGGAUACAUGUACCUGUCAAUGUUGUGUCACAGGUCAAGGUACUUCCUCACAUGGACGUUAGCUGAUAUUGUAUAUAAUGCAUCUGGCUAUGGCUUCAAUGGACUGGAUGCCAGUGGGAAUGCUAAGUGGGAUAUGGUGACAAAUAUUAGAGUUGAAAAAAUAGAGACAGCAACAAGUUUUAAAACAUUUAUUGACAACUGGAACAUCCAGACGACAAAAUGGCUGCGUUAUGUGUGUUACGAACGAGCUCCAUUUUUACGCACCCACCUGACUUAUAUCCUGAGCGCCGUCUGGCACGGAGUCUACCCUGGAUUCUACUGUACAUUCCUCUCAGCCAUCUGGUUCACACUGGCCGGACGCAAGAUCCGGAGAAACAUCCGGCCCCACUUCCAGGAGUCAGCUGGGAUGCGAGCCCUGUACGAGGUGUUGACCUGGUUUGGCACACAACUGCCUAUGGCCUACAUUGUACUGCCAUUCACAUAUCUCAAUGUAGCUCCCUUCAUCACCUUCUACAACAGCGUGUACUGGUUUUUCCACAUCCUGGUGGCCGUCAUCCUGCUUAUUCCCUUCGACAGCAAACAAGCGAGGCACCGACAAGACAUGACCAAAACCUCAACGCCACAAACAGACGUGACCUCUGACCCUGGCAGGUUAUCCAACGGAAACUCCCAACGUAAUUCCACUCAAGACACAUCAUAGAAGAUGACUAGCCUCAGUAUCAUGAUCAUAUCAUUAUAGAUUUCCAUAGCAGAUCAAAGGUCUGAUAUAUUUUAUCAUAUUUCAUAAGGAUGCAUUGAUGUUAGUGGUUUGUUUUUGUUUGAUUCUUUUGCAAGUAUUUGUGUGAAAGAUUGAAUUUGUAUUUCAAGGAGUGUGUCUUUGAAUUGAGUUUGUUGUGAAUUCAUCAUGUUCUGACAUAUUUGAAGUACAUAGUUUGAUGUCCUUAGCUGCCUGGCUCCAGCUUACUAAGUUGAAGUCAUCCAAAUCAUGAGAAUCACAUUUAAGGUCAUAUAUGACUCCUGUUGGGCCACAAGGAAUUAAUUAUUAGAUUUUCAUCAAAAUUUGUUUAUAUGAUAUGAGGGAAGAAAUUGUUUCUGUACAUAUUUGGUUUAAGCCAACAAUGUGCGUACAAUACUUGUAAGCUGAAUUAGACUGUUAUUAUUUGGUAGGACAAUGUACAUAGUGUAUUUGGUAGGACAACGUACAUAGUGUAUUUCAUCAAGUAUGCAGAAUUAGGAAAUCUGUAGCGAUUUCCUUAUUUCUAAGACACUAAAAUGAAGUGAAGUGGAUAUUGUUUGAUUAUGUACACAGUCAUGAAAAACUAAGAAUUACUUCGUUUUAGCCAAAUAACUCAUAACAUGAAAAAGUAUCAAACGGGUUAUAUAUUUUUAUUAAUAAUAAUGAUAAUAAUUUUAUGAUAACAAUUUACAACUAGAGUAUGUGGAAAAGACGGAUUUUACAUAUGUCCCAGGUGUCUAAGAUGUACAAAGGUAAAACUGAUCGCAUUGAUAUAUACUGGGGUACAAUACUGUCACCUCUCCUUCAGAGAUGAAUGACGUGAUAACAGAGAAAGUGUAUUACCCUAAACAGGGCUUGAUUUAAGAAAAUGAAACCUACCUGCACCUGGUGCAACCUUAGGUAAUAAUCUUGCACACGACAAAAACAGGUUGCACAUGCUGCGCAAUAUAUAAUCAUAUAUAAUGCUUGAAUUUUGGUAUUGAUGAUUUAGGACAUAAUCAUAACAAAAUUAUUAUGGGUCUGAUACCAUCAUUUUAUCUUACUCUAUAAAAAUUUCUGGCAUGAACAGUCAGGACCAUUCACUCACUGUCGGUGUAGUCGUCAGAGUCACUGCUCCAAGCCAGUUUCUCAUCCAGCUGAAGUCUGUGUUCUUUGGGUGGAUGCACAGGGUGCAAAUUCAUAUGAAUAGGAGGUUGCAUUUUGCAGUUUUAGGUUGCACCAGUGCAAGGUCAAAAUGUUACAACACUGGUUGUUGUUUUGACAAUCAUGGAAUAAAAAUAAAAAUUUUACUUCCAAGGAUCUCCCAGAAUUUUUUUGUUUAAAAUGGCAUUUCUUUAAUAACCCACAUGUUGAAAAGAAUCAAAAGUAAAAAUAAUAUGGCAAAUACCUGUAUGUGUAUCAUUGACUUUUUAAAACAAUUGUGGCAUAAGAUUACUUCAUGCACGAAGGAAGUUUCUCCCACUUAUUCAUGAAUUGAAGUGAGCUUGUUCUUAGCAGAUUUGUUUGAGCCCUACCUUUGUGAAUCUGUCUGAUAUAUUACAGGGGCGGGUUGUUUCUUGGUGUGAAUGAUUUCAUGCCAUGAAUGAAUUCCUGAUCCCCAAAUCCAGGGUUUGAGGUGUGCGAUGGACUUGUUAGAACACACAGAAUCCAUGUGCAUACAUUAUGGUUCAGUUUCUGCAUUACAUUUGAUGUCAUUUAUGUCAUGUAGAUACACAAUUAUUUUAGUUAAUGUAUUGUAGUUUGUUGUGAUAUAUUUAGAAAUUGUGAGAUUUGUUAAACUUAUUUGUUAUUGUGAUUUGGUUUCAGUUGAAUUUUUAAGUUAUAUGUUUUGCUUCUGUCUAAUUUUAGGAUGUAAAAAUAAGGUGAUGCUUUUAUUGUAAACUUGCCAUGCCAAAAAUGCACACUAGCAUUAGGAGUCUAUUUUCAGUGCAAUAACUGUGAAAUAGGCGAUGAGUAUUAGACUAAAA